GGGGGCGGCCUUGUCCCCCCCCCCGUUCUUGCGCGCUCGCGAGCCUGCGCGUGGGUUCGAGGCGGAGGGCAAUCUGCGCGAGCGCUGCCAGCCGGUGGGACAAAGGCGUCUUUUGAGAGGAGCGACAAAGGAUCCCUUCUGCUCUCCGCGGGAACAGACAUGGUGAAAAUGCUGGAAACCCCAAACUCGCAGUUCGACUCCUUCUUGUUCUGGAGGCAGCCGAUCCCAGAACUGGACUUGUCUGAGUUGGAGGACCUGGGGUUGCUUGACAGCUUGUCAAUCAAGGACAGCCAGGCAGCAAAGAAGCAGAAAGGUCCCAAGAGUGCUCGUGAGUGGGACGGGGACGAGGAAGCCGACCUGUCCCAGUACAACACCUUCAACUACUGGAGAGAGCCAAUAGCCAGCAUUGACCUGCUGGACUUCAACCUGCUACUGUGAGGCCCGUCUCUGACCCCUAACCACGGGUCCACAACAUCUGCCUUUGAACACAUCUCCAUAGGAUUAUGCCUUUGUCAAAUUUCUGGGCUGCUCUUCAAAUAAAUUAUUUAAACUGCUUUUCGAUCAGCACAUGGUUAUACAUACACAGCAAACAGUGAUACAGUAUAGUAAUACACAGAUACAUUUAGAUUGCCUGUGCCAUUAAUUACGCUAGAAAGGUGUCCAGAACUCCUAUUAUGGCACAUCAUAUGAAAUACAUCCUGCCUGAGGUUCUGCAGACAAUCUGAGUUUAUACCUGGUUAAAUUACUAGUUUAAUCUGACAAACUUGGUUCUUUUGCCGAUUCACACCUGACUUCAUAUUUUUGCGGACAAUAUUUGAAUGCGGAGUCAUGAGCUCUGCAAGACCUCAUAGAAAGAAGAACAUUUCACUGUUAAACCAGGAUAAUGAAAUUAACAUAGGAUUCAACCAAGUAACAUCCGGUUAUUAGAAGGCAGAAAAAUUGUUAUGUGAUAAGUGCUUCAUUUAUAUAGCAUUUUGGUGUGUGAUAGUGUAAAAGAUGAUUUGUUCCCCUUAAAUAUUCCUCUUACUAUAAGACUCAUGCUUAAUAUGCUUGGCAGUACACUCUGAGCAGGCCUCAACAAAAUGCAAUGGAUGUUGAUCAGUAAACCGUCUUUUUAAGUUCACGGUUACCUCACUGAUGAUCUGGUUACCACGGUAGCUGCUUAUUUUACUUUGCAAAGAUGGAAAUACAUCAAAAAAUAAAGCUUUGUUUAACGUGUUGGAACUGAAAUCCUGGCAUCGGGCUGCAUGGGAGCUAAAAUGGCAAAAAACGAAUAUGAAAGUGCACGAGAGUUAUUGCUUUAAGUCUUGGCUGAUGAGAUGCUGAGUGUGCAGGAUUAUGAAGCUAAGGACUACUGAUAAAGUUCUUAAAGGAAAUAAGACGCAAUUGAAGAAAAAAUGUGGUGCAUAUUUACUGAGCUAAUAAAAAGUAUGGAAAGUAGCUUAUGAAUAACUGCAAAGUGGCUUCAAUAUAAUUGUGUUUAAAUGAACUGAGCUUCCAGCACAAGAUUGGUCAGCAGUGUCUGUAGCUUAAAAUAAAAGUGCUCUAAGAAACUGACCAUAUGGACAAAAACCGUUGGUUUGUCUUUCCUAUCCAGUCUAUGCACAUCUUCUUUGAUUUGGAUUCUUUUAUUUAUGCAGUGUAAUAAACUGUAAGCUGCAUGGUUAUUGUCCAGUGACAAGUCAUUAAAUUUAUGAGCCCAACUGGAGUUUUUCGUUUGAGCGUUUUGAAGCCCUGCUUGUCAAAAACGGUCAAACAGUACUGUUUCAUUUAAUACAAUGGAGGCGUUUGAAAUUGGAAAUUAAAAUGGAUUCUGAUACAAUAACUAUGUCCGUGCACUAACUGUAAAUGUUUGCGGAAUAAAUGUUAAAUUGCCUCUUCCAAUUUCUAAAGGAUUCAUUGCAAUAUGAAGGCCUCAUGUGAAGCAUUUUGACUCCCUAAAGCUUAUUCCAUAUUUAUUCUUCUUGAAAACCAGUGUUACACAUUUGAUUGCUAUUUAACUGUGUGCUGUUCCAAUGUAUUGUUAUUUGCCCAAAUAAAUGUCAAGCUUUAUUGAUC